AAAAAAGAAGAUGAUGUAUUAUGUAUAUAACUCAUCAUUAAUUAUCAGUGCGACAUAUAUGUUAGGUUCGGUGGAUAAUUGUUUGUGGCGGAAUACAAGAGGUAAUGUAGGAUGUGUACAGUUUCUAGAUAGCGAAUGUGUGGACUUUUUUUUUGUUUUCAGAUCUCUUUGCAAUAGAUUGAAUCUGCUCUUUCUUUUUCUUUCUUUUUUAACUUGUAGGAUUUACUAAUUUGUUCUUCUCUGCUUACCUUUAAUCUCCUUUCUCCAGGCACAUGUCCUCUCAAGGAUAUGUACCUUCCGAAGGAGUAUUAUACUGGGUCUGUCUCACCUCAGGAUAGACGAUAUGAGAAGGAGAGGUCAUACUCUCGCUCACCACCAAAAAAUUGCUCAAGUGGGAGUCAUGGGAGGGUGAGGAGCCGUAGCCCAAGAAGUGUAAGCGUGAGCCAAGGAAGAAGUGUAAGCCCGAGAAGAACACAGGAGCUAUACACGCCCGAACAAGCCAGGAGGCCGGUUGCUAGGCAGAGCAGGAGCAGGAGUCUAAGCCCUCGUGGAGAAAGAAAUGGAGACCGUUCUCCAAGUCAGUGAUUUUCACACACACCCAUGUAUCUCUCUCUCUACACACCAGUUCUGCAGUCUUUUUGUUUUUGAUAAAGUUUCAAAGACUAUCUGUGUUUUUGUUUUAUGUUUUGAUUAAUGAAUGAACUUAAAAGACAUGACAAUGAGGUUGCAUGUGCCUUUUUGUCAUCUUAUCUC